AAUGUUGAAUGCUCUUGUUUUUCUCAUGCAAAAUCCCCAUUACUGUUAAUGAAAAUGACAUAUUUUCUAGUUGUCAUCAUGUCAAAAAUCCAAAUCAUCAAUAUGAAAACUAAGAAUAUAUUUAUGUAGAUUGAAUUAAUGUAUUCACUUUACCUCUUGCCAUAUCCGCCCACUCUUUUUCUUCUUCCUAUAACAUAUAUGUAAUUUAUUUUGUUUAUAUUUUCAUUUUUGUGUCCAUCUUUCAAACAGCAACAACUUCCUUAGACUAAUGGGUUUGUUCAAAAGUAAGAGAUUGGUUUACAAGCCUGUGAAGGAUGUUAAUUUAGCCUCUGAUAGCACUGAAUUCUAUCUCCAAGCCAAUGUCAAAGCUCCACGCAUGACUGGAAUUUUGGUCAAGAUUUUCACUUGGUUCUUGGAGUCUCGAAUAUUUGGAGCUUUGCUAUUGUAUAUAUUGAAGGGAGAUAAUCUUAUUCAUAAGCUUAUUACAAAUACUGAUUUAGAAGAGCCACCUCUUUAUGUUCCUUUACAUAAUUUUGAAGCAGACAACAAAGAACAAGAAGUCAAAUGCUUGGAUUUUGGUUUGUCUCCACCAGAAAAAGUUCAACUUGCAAUAGAUUGUUUACCUACAACUUUAGAAAAACCAAUUAAUGGAACAAAGCCUUCCUUUAUAAGAUGGUCCAUAAUGGACUAUUUCAGAGCCUACAAUUCAGGAGAUAUAACACCACACAUGGUUGCAGAAAGAUUUAUAGCUGCUGUUGAUGAAUCUUCAAAAUCUCCACUUCAAAUGGGAUUCUUUAUUAACUACAAUGUUGAAGAUAUACUUAGACAAGCAAAUGAAUCAACUCUUCGGUAUAAGAAAGGGGAACCUAUUUCUGUGCUGGAUGGAGUUCCUGUUGCUAUCAAGGAUGAAAUAGACUGUUUGCCAUAUCCUACUACAGGUGGUACAAAGUGGCUUCACAAACAAAGGCCUUGUACCGAUGAUGCUUGCUGCGUUAAGCGUUUAAGAUUAUGCGGCGCCAUACUUGUUGGGAAGACUAAUAUGCAUGAACUUGGAGCUGGAACUAGCGGUAUAAAUCCACAUUAUGGGGCUGCUAGAAAUCCAUAUGAUGCCAAUAGGAUUGCAGGAGGUUCUUCUAGUGGAUCUGCUGCUGUGGUAUCGGCCGGGUUGUGUCCUGUUGCACUUGGUGUCGACGGGGGAGGCUCUGUGAGGAUGCCUGCAGCUCUUUGUGGUGUAGUUGGUCUCAAACCGACUUUCGAUCGUAUAUCUCAUGAAGGAGUUAUUCCUCUAAACUGGACAGUUGGAAUGGUGGGAAUACUAGCAGGCACUGUUGAGGAUUCAUUGAUCACUUAUGCAGCAAUCAGUGGGGAAAUUCCAUCUCAUCAACCCUCUAGUAUACCUGCCAAGAUAAAUCUUCCACUGCUGUCCUUAACAAAGUCCAUAUCUAACAUCAAGUUGGCAAAGUAUGACAAGUGGUUUGAUGAUUGCAGUGAUGAUGUCAGAAUAUGCUGUUCUCAUGCUCUAAGCAAGCUCCAAGGUUGUUAUGGUUGGAAGAUUGUAGAUGUCACAAUACCAGAAAUAGAAGUGAUGCGCCUGGCACAUUAUUUAACAAUUGGAUCAGAGUGUUCCACUUCACUUGAUUCUUUUCUAGAUAAAAAUUUAACAGAAUUUGGAUGGGAUGCAAGGGUAGCACUUAACAUCUAUGGUGCUUUCAGCAGCAUGGAGUAUAUUAAAGCUCAGAAAAUUAGGAACCGUCAAUUGCAGUUUCACAAGAAAAUAUUCUCCGAGGCAGAUGUCAUUGUGUCACCAACAACAGGUGUGACUGCAUAUCCAAUCCAAGAUGAUGCACUGAAGACUGGUGAACUUGACUAUGUCAAUGGAGCUGCACUUAUUCGGUAUUCCAUAUCAGGAAACUUUCUGGGACUUCCUGCUGUCACUGUUCCGGUUGGAUAUGAUAAAUUGGGUUUACCUAUUGGCCUUCAGUUUAUAGGAAGACCUUGGGCUGAGGCAACACUAAUCCACCUAGCAUUUGCAAUGCAGGCCAUAUGCUUGCCAGAACACAAAAAACCAUCAAUUUUUUUUGAUCAGCUCAGAAAAAAUUAAAUAGAUUCAUAUUCAUUGAGGUAUAUCAGAAGGAAGUGGGCACAAGUAUUGACAAGUCUAUUCAAUCAAAUCCAAAAGAAGCUUCAUGCUGAAUUAUUUGAUAUUUUGGACAGAUUCACUCUCUCUUUUAAUGUUUGAUCUAUUGGAGAAAUUUUAUAUCCCACUUUAUUCAAUUUCACUAGACUUAUACCCACACAUGCAUUAGAUAUAUUAAUUUUAGGAUAAUGCUGAUAAGUGCCUAAGGAAAUAAAAAAGGAAACAAAAGAACAACUUUUGAGUGAAACGGUUUACCUUUUACUAAUUCAAAAAUUGAAUUACACAACUUUUAAAUA